AUGUCAACGUCAGACCGAUACAUUGUUUGUAACAUCGCUACAACACCACCAACAAGUCCGCGUAGUGGUGGUCCAAGAGUUACCACACACAGACAAGAUCGUUAUAUGAUACGCCAACAACUGCAGAACCGAUUCCGAAUGGCCACUGAAACUGCUCGGCAGACCAUUGGCAACAUCCAAUGUGCCAUCGUAUUUGUAACGGCCGAUGAAAAGAAUUUGUUAAAAUCUAAAAAUGAGUGUCCAGAAGGAACAUUUCCAUGUAAACAAGGUGGUUGUAUAAACAGAACUUUAAUAUGUAAUAAAGAAUUGGAUUGUAUCGAUGGAUCUGAUGAGGGGAACUGGUGUGAUCCAUUCCUCGAUGACUAUUGGGAUCGUUAUAUUCGUAAACGACCUGAUGCUGAUAGAGAAGACGAGUCGGCAGAAUGUAGUAAGUUGAUAUCUAUUUAUUAUAAUGAAUCAUUGUCUAUGAUUACUCUCAUAUGA